AAAUAUAUAAAUAAAUUAAACAGUGAAAGUGUUUUGCAAAAAAAAAAAAAAAGAUUGAAAACACAAAAAAAAAAUUCAAGUGAAGAAAAUUAUUUUGUUUCCAUCAUUUUCCAUGUUUACCACAUGACCAUUAAUCAAUAUUCGUGGUUUGAAAAAUUAAAAAAAAAAAACAAUUUCUUUUAUAUUUAUUGUUUCUCUUUUAACCAAACAGUAUUUGUGUCAUAAGAUUUAAACCAACUUUGUUUUAAAGAAAUAACAAAAACAAAAAAAAAACAUAAUACUCUCGUUUUACUGGCCUUAAUCAACACUCAACAAAAUGCAACAGUCUACAGAUUUCUAUCUGCUGUCAAUAAUUUGUUUGUUGUCAUUCUCUACCCCGCCAAUUUUAACCACCACAUCACCGUCAUUAUCAUCAUCGUUGCAGUUUACCGAUAUUCAACAAUCUAAAAACAACGAAAUUCUAUUAACACCCGAAGAAUCACUUAAUCAAAAAUUCGCCGACAGCCCGGCAAAUCAUACAGAAUAUGUCAGAGCUGUAAGAGAAUCGAUAAAAGAAUAUGAGUUAUAUCGGAGAAGAGUUAAGCCUUCAAGAGUCAAACGUGCCGCCAAACGUGUCUGUUAUGGCGAAUUGGGUUGUUUUGAAGAUUCUGGUCCAUUUGCAUACUUGGAAAUGUUACCAUCUCCUCCCGAUGAAAUCAAUACAAAAUUCUUUUUCUAUUCGACUAAAAAUAGAUCAGAUAGACCUUUAAUGGAAUUGCCCUUUCUCAACAUGACCGAAGCUUUUAAAAAGUCAAAAACUUAUAUUGAGAAAAGAGGUGCAAAUGAUACAGACAUACCAGAUGUGACCACAAAAGGACCACAAGCUACUACAUUACCUCCAAGGAAAACGACGUUUCGUAAAACUCCUAUUACUCUGGAUGAUUUGGUGGGAUUUGAUGAAAUGUCGGUGCGUAUUAUUGUGCAUGGUUUUGGUUCAGCUUGUCCUCAUGUGUGGAUCUAUGAAAUGAAAACGGCUUUAAUGGCAGUGGAAGAUUGCAUUGUUAUAUGUGUGGAUUGGGAAAAUGGUGCAACAUUUCCCAACUAUGUAAGAGCCGCCACUAACACCCGUUUAGUGGGUAAACAAUUAGCCAUGUUGAUUAAGAAUUUACAGGAAUAUAAAGGCUUGAAUUUGUCUCGUACCCAUAUUAUUGGUUUUAGUUUGGGUGCUCAUGUCUCCGGUUUCGCCGGAGCUGAAUUACCCGGCUUAGCACGCAUAACUGGUUUAGAUCCGGCUGGUCCUCUCUUUGAGGCUCAACAUCCUAAAGUUCGUUUGGAUAAUACCGAUGCCGAAUUUGUCGAUGUUAUACACUCAAAUGGUGAGAAUUUGAUUUUGGGUGGUUUGGGUUCUUGGCAGCCUAUGGGCGAUGUUGAUUUUUAUCCCAAUGGUGGUAGAGUGCAAAAUGGUUGCUCGAAUUUAUUUGUGGGAGCUGUUACGGAUUUUAUAUGGUCGGCCCAAACUGCUGAAGAAGAAGAGGGGCGCUCAUUGUGUAACCAUCGUCGUGCCUACAAAUUCUUUAUCGAUUCAGUAGCUCCUCGCUGUUUGUUCCCAGCAUUCCCUUGUGCCAACUAUGAUGAUUUCUUAAAGGGCAAAUGUUUUCCCUGUGCUCAAGAUGAUGAAGAUUUGGCGGAGGGUGUACCUCGCUGUGGCAAUAUGGGUUAUUAUGCUGAUCGCUCUUCAGGUCGAGGGCAAUUGUAUUUGGUUACACGUGAGGAGGAACCAUUUUGUGCACAUCAAUUCCAGUUGCAAAUCUUUAAUUCUUUCAACGAUUUGCCCUUAAGAACAAUAGGACGUUUGGAAGCUAUUUUGGAGGGAGAAGGUGGACUGAAUGAAACAUUUAAAAUAUCAGAAAAAGACGACUCUGAAUUCUUCGCUGGUGACAUCGUUUCUAAAAUCAUUGUGCCUCAUCCAGCUUUAGGAUUUCCCACUACACUUAGUCUCAACUAUAAACCCUAUAGUGGUUGGCUAUCGAAGGGUUUACCCCACUGGGAUAUCGACAAAGUUGUUUUAACCGAUAGUUAUGGCCGAAGUUAUUCCUUGUGCAAAACUAAUACGAAAUUGUCAUCGGGUGCUCCAGUACGCAUAAAACUAAAGCCGGGUAAUUGUGAAUUAGAUAAUCAAGAUGAAUAUGGUGCUUUCACCAGUAGACCACCCACUGAAAUACCCGAUUCUACGGGUCAGGAAAGUGUUAAUUUACCGGAAUCAGAUGCUAUAGAAACUAUUAAGAAAAGGAAAAAUUUCCUUAAUUUAGGAACAAGUUUUAAAUUGGGAGACAAUCAGUCAUAUGCCUUAGAUGAUUCAGAUGAUUUACCCUGGCAACCCAUUUUGGAAGGAAAUUCAUUAGACAAGGAGGUAGUAGAGACCAGCCGCAGUUUUUCCUCACAACCAGAGGAAAUCUUUGAGCCGGUACUUAAUGACAAAAGGUUAAAUGUCAAUAGAGGACGUAAUUUAAAUGAAGAGAUUGUAGAACCUUUACUCAAAGCCACCACACCACGCAUGAAAAAAGGCAAAGAAAUAAAAUUACCGGAUCCUGCAGAUGAAGAAAAACUUCCAAAACCGGAAAUUAUAAAAAUAACCACUAUAACGAAAGCCGAUAGACCAAAAUCCAACUCGGAAGAACAAACUAUUACGGUACAACUGUUUCCCUUCCGCUUGGGAGAACUUUUGCAACGGGCCGAACGUUAUGCCAGAGAAACUAUAUUGCCUUUAAUUUCAGUGCAAGCCCCAAGAUUUUUCGGUUUUAAUUUCUCGCCCAACGAGAAUAAUGUUAAAAGUGAAACCAGAAAACCACGCUAUAUACCUAGAUUCGAAGAUUCCCUUAGUACAAAUAAAACAAAAAAUCAAACAAAAUCUCUUAAUAAUAAGAAAGCAGCCGAUUUGCAAACAUCCGAAACUAGAGAACAAAGAAAUAUUUUCGAAUUAUUAAGACCCACAACCUUGGCUACGCUACCGCUAGAAAAUAACGACGAACCAGAGGUCCAAGAAACGAAAAAUGAAGUUACUUACUAUACGAAUGUAUUACUAACAAAUGCACGCUCUAUGAAACCAGAAGUGGCCGAAUAUGAACCGAUAUUCAUAGAUUUACCCACUUUUCGGCCACCCAAGGCCAGAAAAGUGCGUUCUGCUUCCACAAUCAUAAGAAGAACAAAACCUUAGUUAUUAAUUAAAAGCUUAACAUUAGUUUAAAUUUAAUAAUAAUUGUAAAAAAUUUAAGAGCUUUUCAUGUAAUUACUGCUUAGCAGUUUUAAAAAAGAGGAAAAGCCAUUUGUAAUAUUGAUAUGUGAUAUUUAAGAAAAUUAUUGGCGUUAUUUAAUUUUUUUUAUUUACAGGAAAAUACUUUUUUUUUUGUAAAAUUAGACAUUUUUUCUGUUGUAUUAGCAUAAAA